AUGGCUCAAAGAACAUCACCCUUCAAUCUGGAGACAUGUGCUCGACCAAACAUUUUGCAGCUCCAGCCAUACCGGUGCGCUCGCGACGACUACAAAGAUGACGGGACGAACGUGCUGCUCGAUGCCAACGAGAAUGCCUACGGGCCAUCUCUGGCACUAGAUGGGGAGGGCAAAUUGAGUGGCUCUCAGUCAGAGUCUUCGAAGCCCGAGAUUGACUUCCUGGGCUUGAACCGAUACCCUGAUCCUCACCAGAUUGACCUGAAGCAACUAUUUUGCAACCUUCGCAACACCCACCACCACACACAAAAGACACUUCGGCCCGAACACAUGUUCGUAGGCGUUGGAUCAGACGAGGCCAUCGAUGCUCUUCUCCGGUGCUUCUGUGUCCCCGGCAAGGACAAGAUCCUCACCUGCCCGCCCACCUAUGGCAUGUAUAGCGUGAGCGCCCAAGUCAACGACAUCGACAUUGUCAAGGUCCCGUUGGACGUGAAGAAUGGGUUCCAGCUGCAAACCGACAAGGUCAACGAGGCCCUUUCGGCCGAUCCAUCGAUCAAACUGGCCUACAUCUGCUCGCCCGGCAAUCCCACUGCGAACCUGAUCCGCAAGUCGGAUAUCCAGAAAGUCCUCGAGCACCCCACCUGGAACGGCGUUGUGGUCGUCGACGAGGCUUACAUCGACUUUGCACACGAAGGCGCCAGCUUGGCCGAAUGGGUCACCGAGUGGCCCAACCUCGUGGUGAUGCAGACCCUCAGCAAGGCUUUCGGUCUCGCCGGGAUUCGCCUGGGUGUCGCCUACACCAGCCCCGAGAUUGCCCGGCUACUCAACAGUCUCAAGGCCCCCUACAACAUCUCCAGUCCGACCAGUGCUCUUGCCACGGCCGCGCUAUCCGAGCCCAAUCUGACGGUAAUGCGACAGUAUCGCGAAAAAAUUAUGGGCCAGCGCGAUCGUCUGCUCCGGGAGCUCCCGCAGGUCCCCGGCAUUGGCCAAUUCCUCGGUGGCCAGGACUCCAACUUUUUGCUUGUCGAGAUCCUCGAUGCCGAGGGAAAACCGAGCAAUGUCACGGCGCUGGCGGCCUACGAGGCCAUGGCCGAGCAACGUGGAGUGGUGGUGCGAUUCCGCGGUAAAGAGCAUGGAUGUGAGGGCUGCCUGCGCAUCACGGUUGGCACCGAGUCCGAGGUGACCCGGUUCCUGAAGGAGAUUCGGGCUGUCUUGGAGAGCCUGCGUCAAGGCAAGGGGAUCCAAUCCGUUAAGGAUGAGGAACGGCGGGAAGAAGCGGCGGCCGCAGUGGUCGCGUAG